UACUAUAUCUGGUUCAGUAGUUGUUUAAGCGUGAUGGACCAAAUCAAGGAACGGAGUUUUCCAUUUUCCGCAUGAACCUCUGAUUUAGUCUUACUCGCGUGCAACCUAACAACGCGUGCAAAGAAGGACAAGUAUGUAUUGUUCUUGUACCUCAUGGUUUUUGAUGGCUGCUAGCCUGCUAUAUAUACAUUUAUACAUGAGAGGGCACAAGGCAACCAAAUCAGAGAGAACACACAAACUCACUGAAACCGGAGAUGGAUUUGCGAUCAGCUUCCUGUUUUGCUUUGCUACUGGUGCUAGUACUAGUGCUGCCUCUUUCAGCUAAUGCUUCGAGCAAACUCUACAUUGUUUACAUGGGGGAGAAGAAGCACGACGAUCCAUCGGUGGUCACCGCAUCGCACCACGACGUACUCGCAUCUGUUCUUGGGAGUAAGGACGAGGCACUGAAAUCCAUAGUCUACAGCUACAAGCAUGGGUUUUCUGGCUUCGCAGCAAUACUCACAGAAUCCCAAGCCAAGACAAUUGCGAGUUUACCUGGAGUCAUCAGUGUUAAGGCGAACACUCAUCACAAAACCCAUACAACUCGGAGUUGGGAUUUUCUUGGCGUCGACUACUACCAAUCGUCAUCGUCAGACCUCCUCAAGAAAGCAAAGUACGGCGAAGAUGUCAUCGUAGGGGUAGUUGAUACAGGCAUAUGGCCUGAAUCAAGAAGUUUUGAAGACAGUGGAUACGGCCCUUUACCGGCAAGGUGGAGAGGCAUAUGCCAGAACGGCACGGCGUUCAACGCCACGAGCUGCAACAGAAAGAUCAUCGGCGCGCGGUGGUACACCGGCGGCAUGGACGCCGAUGUGCUCAAGGGCGAGUACAUGUCGGCCAGGGAUCUGAAAGGCCACGGCACGCACGUGGCCUCGACGAUCGCCGGUGGCCAGGUCCGGAAUGUGAGCUUCGGCGGCCUGGCCUCCGGCGUGGCACGCGGUGGGGCGCCCCGCGCUCGGUUGGCUGUCUAUAAGGCGUGCUGGGGCACAGGCUUGUGCGGCAGUGCCGCGAUACUUGCAGCCAUCGACGACGCCAUAAAUGACGGCGUGGACGUGCUUUCGCUGUCGCUGAGCUCCAGUGAGGAGAUUCCCGGGACGCUGCACGCUGUGGCGAGAGGGAUCACCGUCUUGUUCGCUGCCGGGAACGACGGCCCCGCGGCGCAGACAGUGCAGAAUGCCGUGCCGUGGGUCCUGACGGUGGCCGCCAGCACCAUUGAUCGGUCCUUCCCGACCGUGAUGUCGCUCGGCAACAACGAGAAGCUAGUGGGGCAAUCACUCUACUACAAUGCCACAGUGAAUACCAGCGACUUCCACGCGCUUAUUUCUGCGGACAGCUGCGACGAAAAGUCUCUAACAUCCACCAACGUCACCGGCAUGGUCGUGCUGUGCUCCGCGCCGCGGGCGGCGUCCUCAUGGCCGCCAGGACAAAGAUUCAUCGAUGCCGCUACCCGCGUCUUCAAGGCAGGGGCGAAGGGCCUGAUCUUCGCGCAGCACAACAGCAACCUCCUCGAGAACACCUUUUGCGCGGGUUCCAGGCCCUGCGUGCUUGUGGACUUCGAGAUUGCACACAGGAUCGCGUCCUACGCGAACAGCGCGGAGACGCCGGUGGUGAGGAUCUCGCGGGCCGUGAGCGUCGUCGGGAGCGGGGUUCUGUCGCCGAGGGUCGCCGCGUUCUCGUCGAGAGGCCCGAGCCCCGUGUUUCCUGCCAUAAUGAAGCCCGACGUAGCUGCACCCGGAGUCAGCAUCUUGGCAGCUCAAGGCAACUCGUAUGUGCUCAUGUCCGGGACGUCCAUGGCGUGCCCACAUGUCUCGGCCGUCGUCGCGCUGCUCAAGUCGGUUCACCCUGACUGGUCACCCGCCAUGAUCAAGUCCGCCAUCGUCACCACAGCAUCUGUGACUGACCGUUUCGGCAUGCCGAUCCAAGCAGAGGGGGUUCCGAGGAAAUUAGCCGACCCGUUUGACUUUGGCGGAGGGCACAUGAACCCGGACAAGGCUGCUGAUCCCGGCCUGGUCUACGACGUGGACGCUAGAGAGUACACCAGGUUCUUCAACUGCACCCUUGGGCCCAAGGAUCACUGCGAGACUUAUGUUGGGCAGCUGUACCAGCUCAAUCUCCCAUCCAUCGUUGUGCCGGACCUCAAGGGCUCUGUCACGGUGUGGCGGACGGUCACCAACGUUGGGCCGGUUGAUGUGACUUACAGAGGAGUGGUCGAAGCUCCGGCAGGGGUGGAUGUGUCUGUGGAGCCGUCUGUGAUCAGGUUCAGUGGUGGCGGUAGCAAGAAAGCAACGUUUCGGGUGACGAUCACGGCGAGGCAAAGGGUGCAAGGUGGCUACACAUUUGGCAGCUUGACAUGGUUAGAUGGCAGUACCCACUCGGUGAGAAUUCCAGUCGCGGUUCGCACGGUGAUCCAGGACUUUGUCGCGGAUACAUCUUAAAUUUAUGUCUGUGGUCAGUAUCGGUAGUUCUACAUGAACAUACUUACAAUAAGAAACUGUCAGGGGAACAUUAUAUGUAUAGUUCUUAUCCUGAAGAGAUUGUUUCAUUCCUUUUUCCUAUUGUUUCGUGUACAUCAUUUAUCAGAAAAUCUGGAUAUAGUUAAUUAUUUCA